AUGACUUCAACGUCUAUACCUGUCAACGACCCCCAAAACCCACGAUGGCUUGUGGAUCUAGAGAAAUGGGAGAGUAUACCUUAUACCGAGGUUCCACAGGAGGCACUUUCCUAUCCAGGCUAUGGCGUUGUAUCAUAUACCUGGGGGUACAUCGUUGACAAAGGCCAUCCUGCCCCUAACCCACCAAAGGGUCUUCUCUGGGAUGUGCCAGGGAUCAAAGGAUGGAAACUUCCAGAGAUAAGAGAUAUCAUGAGAAAAAUCGGAUGUCGCUACAUUUGGUGGGACUGGAUGUGCAUCCCCCAGCAAGGCAAGGGCAUGAGACCAUUGAGCCCAGAACUUCUGGAAGUCCAAGGCCAAGAAAUCGGGAAGCAGAAGUUUAUCUAUAAGCGGGAGCGAAAAAGCAUGGUCUGGCUACAUUCAACCUCAUGGGCAGGGGACUCGGUUUUGAAAGAGCUACUCACUCUACCAACGUUAGACACUAUGUGUACACCUGCAGAGAUGCAGAAGUACAUUGACCAAGUGGCGGAUAAAUUUGAUGUUGCCCGAUCACAAGAGCGUUGGCUAGGCUCAGACUGGACAUUACAAGAAGGUGUACUGUUGGAUGAAACCGACCUCAUUGAUGGCCAAGGUAACGCCCUCCUAGGGCCUGAUUUUUGGACAAGUGACCGAGCCACUGUCUCUGAUCUCACGGUACCCACUAGACGACUGGCCUUAUACCUGGCCAUGGGGUAUUUUAUCAAAUCGGAAGGCCACGAGCCACCUCUCGGUGACUCAAGUCCUAAAGAAGCCUAUACGUGCUCCGAGUUGCCCGAGACCUGGCUCAGUCAAUCGUUGCAAACACUUCUCAGAUCGGGUUUCGUGGGUUUCUGGAGGGAGAGCCCCCUGGAGAUCCUCGCAGGCAAGCAAAAACGAAAAUAUAGUAGAGUUGCGGAUUCCUGUUGGGCUUUACUUGGGGCAUUGGGGAUCUCCGAUAUAGAGGUUACAUAUGAUGCUCCUAUGGACGAAAUCAAAAGAAGGUUGCUGGUGGCGCUUCUCGACAAGUAUCAAUGGAUCAUCUUAUGUCUACCGUUCCCGGAGAUGAACUUCAAGGAAGAGAAUGAUGAGUCGGUCGCACGAGGCUUCAAGUGGACUGAUCUUGUGGAUGGAGUAUUGCUUCCCGUCUACGCAUUUGCUGUGGAACAGUUCGAUCCUCCGGAAGGACUACCCACUCUGAGCUACACAUAUGAUCACCAGAUCAAGAUUGCUGCCAAAAAGGGGACCAAUGUUUACCGUCCGUCAAAGGAGGGUACUGCAUGGUUCCGCCAUUAUCGACAGGACGAUGAUGGGUUGAAGAUUGUUUCUAGCCGGAAAGUUGCAUUUGCAAAGGAUGGGCUCCUUAGUCAUGCCCAGUUGUUGCCAUUGCAUCUGAUAAAUAUGAAAGAUGGUGUUCUGGGACGAAGGUGCCUUGUUCUGCUGGAUCUACAGCAAGGAAGCAACGAAUCCUCCAAGGCCAACUCGAUGUCUUCUGUCUUUGGGGGCAUUAUAGACUUACAGAGUCUUGGGUCGGAUACUGUGCAAGUUGAUGAGAUUAUACUGAAGCCAUAG